AUGAGCUUUAUCCAUGAAAAGCGUACCAGGUCGCGUCUUCUUUCGCGCAACACCAUCAUCAACCUCCUUCGCUUCUUCUGGGUCGUUCUUGUUAUUUGGUGCGAAUUCGGUGUAUUUUUUUACAGUUUAUCAGAUUGCAAGUGGCCAGACAAGGAGUUGAAGGAGGCUGGGUCAACAGAAAAGCCAACUCGAGUCCUCUUGAUUGCUGACCCCCAACUCCCAAACCCGAGGCGUUCAGGGAUUUCGUGGCUUCACUACGAUGCAUCCUCUACUAGAUACUUACGAAAAGGCUGGAGCGUCGUCACUCGUCUGCAUCCUCACGUAGUUGUAUGGCUAGGCGACGUGCUUGCCUCUGGACGCUACGUCACGAAUGAAGAUGAAUACAAAAACUACGUAGAUGAAUUCAAGGGGAUAUUCGCCACCGACAAAUCCGUGCCGAGCUAUUUUGUUCCAGGGAAUAGAGAUGUUGGUCUCGGAGAAUCUUCUGCGUUCUCGAAGAAUGCGCGAAAAUACUUUACCGAGUACUUUGGUCCUGUGAAUCAGGAGAUCGAUUUGGCUGGCCAUAGGCUGAUCUUCAUCGACGCCCCUGGAUUGGUUGAUGAGGAUUAUCGCCGACAUGGAAAGGGCAAGCAGUACGAGACUUGGACACCAGCUAUGGGCGGUCCAAUUGAGUUCAUCGCAUCCGUUGCCAUCAAGGCAUCAUCUAGCCCCAUCAUCUUAUUCAGCCAUAUCCCAUUAUCACGACCAGCGAGUACAUCGUGCGGGCCACUGCGUGAAGAAGGCUCUAUACGCGCUAGUGCAGGUCAUGGGUAUCAGAACAUGCUCGGUAAAGAAACCACUAGAUUUGUUCUGCACACGCUUCGUCCAGCAGUGAUCUUCAGCGGCGACAAUCGAGAUUAUUGCAAUAUGACCCACCGACUUUCUGCAUCAGAUGCCAAUAUACUAGCAAAGACCACCGCCCGGGAAGUGACUGUGAAAUCAUUUUCCCCAUCCAAGCACAUCCGACGCCCGGGCUUCCAGCUCCUCUCUCUCAUCCCACCAGACUCUGCGGUAUCGCACCAUGGUUCUACGUUCGCAGAUGCGCAUUGUCUUCUGCCCGAUACCUUCCGCAUAUUCAAUUCGAUAUACCUACCCGCUCUCGUACUCACCGCCAUCGUGCUCCUAUACCUCAAUAUCUCACCCGGCCGUCAUCGUCGCCGUUUCUCUACUCUCUCGCCUAUCUCUGCAAGUAGGAGUAGACCAAGUUCCCCAUCGCAAGGCCCAGAAUCUGCAAUCUGGGCUAACUGGUCCCCGCGGAAGUCAAGUGGUCCGACGAGUCCGGCGGUGGCACCUCCGCCCUCAGUUACAGUGCGUGUUCCUAAUGCAAAAGAGAUAUUUACAUUCCGUGCCUUGUCGCCAUCAGCCUCUGGAUCACCGCUUGAUUCUCCGCUCCUGAGUCCUAUCCCGCUUUUCCACGCCGGGCACGAGGACGAAAUGAACCCCGCACAUUAUCCUUCACAGCAUCACAGCGACCAUGUCUGGCCUUCGGGUGAGGACGUUCACGAAGCGCCAUCGUUCAUUCCCUCACCGAGCGCACGUCGAUCAGAGAGGAAAUGGCCAUCGCGGAGCUGGAGCUUCGUAUUCAGAGGGAGGCGGCGACGGAUAACGCUUGCGCUGCCGACGUGGGGGGAGAUGAAAAAGUUUUGUGCGUCUGACAGCAGCGACAGUAUGUACAGAGGUAAGCGGAGGGGCAUGUUGUGGAGGUUGGGAGGCGACAGCAUGAGUGUUGCACUGCCUGCUGUUGUUACGUGGGCUUUGAUUGGCUGGCUGUUCUUUUGA